UCACUGAAGAGGUUAUUGUGACAGAUCAGCUGUGAAAUCAAAACAAUUCCCGCGAAUUUUUACUCUCAUGGAGUCUUCUGCGAAUCCGCCAAAUCCUGACCAAACAAAAGCCCCAGAAUCUCUCUGUCGACUGUGUUUAGCAAGGGAGUGUCAUAUAAAAUCAAUUUCUGACUAUGAAUCCCAAAAGAAUCGUCCUGGGGAGCUGCAAAAGCUCAUUGAAGAGGGAACUGGAAUUCAGAUUGAGCAAAAUGAUUUAGCAAAGGGCUUGUGUGCUUCCUGUGCCGGGAUGGUGGUUACCGUGGUGAAAUUCCGGAGGAAAUGUCAGAAAAUCAACAUGGAAAUGCGAAAUCUCCGAGAGGAAUUCCUUAAGGAGUCUCCUGCGGAUGAUAUGGAGCUUCUGCUGUACUACCUUGAGAAUGAAGUGGAAAAACUAGAAAGUUCUAACCAUGCAGAGGAUCCAGAGCAUGCCACAGAACAUACAGAGACCAUAGAGCUUAGGGAGAUUGAGAAUCAUCCUCCUCCAUCACCAGAUUGUGCCUCCAGGGAUGCUGAAAUGCAUGAAGAAAGUAAUCAUGCAAGUUCCUCAGAUUCCAUUGGAGAUUUGGGAGAAAUCGAUGAGAACGAGGAAUUGGAGUAUGUGGAUAAAUGGGAGAGGAUGAGGAGGAUGAAGAAGAAGUCCCUGGAAAAGAAAGUCUCCAAGAAAAAUUCAAGAUUUAGUGAUUCCAAUGACAGUGAGGAGGAGUUUCAGAAGUUCUUUCCGGAAAAACCAAAAAGGGUGUGGAAGAAGAGGCCUCCGGGAAAGAAAACUUCCAAGAAAAAUGAAAAAUCAUCUAAAGCAUUGGAUUCUGUUGAGAAAUUAGGGAAGAAGGGGGUCAAUGAGGUCGAGAAAAAGGUUAAUGUGGAUGGAAGGAAAAGGAGAAAGAAGAAGGAACCUCCGGAAAAGCCAAAAAAGGUCGUUUCUCAGAAAAAUCCAGGGCUUUGUCAUAUUUGUGGGAAGCACUUUAACUACAUCAGUGUCCACAAGUUGAAGCACCUAAGUGUCCUGCAGCACAAAUGCGACGUAUGCGGGAGGUAUUUCCGCAGGAAAAGUGAUCUCCGGCAGCAUGAAAGGUACCACAGAGAGCCCCAAUUUGCAUGCGAAAUCUGCGGGAAGCGUGAAUACCGAAGGACAAAGCUACAAAUCCACCUUCUGCAGCACACAAAUGAGCGCCCCUUUGUCUGCGAAGUCUGCCAGAAGGGCUUCCGGGAGAAGAAGCAUCUCGUUGUCCACAGACGCAUUCACACGGGUGAGAAGCCCUGCGUUUGCACCAUUUGCGGGGAACGCUUCACAACGCAAGCUGGAUUGGCGCAGCACAAGAAGUCGAGGCACAAAGCAAACACGAUGAAAUAAAUUUCAUUAAAAAAUGCUGAAGAAAUGUUUUAAUUAAUUUGUCUUACAAAACAUUACAGAAUAAAGAGAGAAAAAAGAAUCCUUACGUCC